CCGGGAGCCUUAAAAAUAAAAAGAGAAGAAAAGAAAAGAAUGAGGUUUUGAGAAUGGGGAAGUGUAUGGUUUGACUUAUAGCAGUCGCGCGAAGCUACAGUAUUCAUGGCGAGAAAGGGAAAAAAAAAGAAAAGGAAAACGAAGGAUAUAUUAAUUUCUUCUAUAAAAUGGCUUAAAAUGUUAAAGGGUAAGGCUAAACAAGGAAAAGUUUUUUCUCUGAAAAGUGCACUUCCCAUAUUUUAGCUUGAAGGAAUACAUGGAGGGUAAUGGCAAUGAACAACCAAAAUGUCAAAGAAGUUUUAAUCAUCGAGGAAGGAAGAAUGAUUGCUGGGAUGAAGUGGUCAAGAUGUUAUGUAUGAUACUGGGUGAUGACAGUAUUUCAAAUAUACGGUGGUGGGACGAUAAAAAAGUGAAAAUACAAGAGGCCUUUAUGCAGCUGGAAGAUAUGAAGAGCAAAAAUGAAUUGCAAGAGAGUUGCUGGACUGAAGUGGUAAAGCUGUUACGUAUUAUAUUGGGUGAUGAGAGUAUUUCAACUGCGACCUCAUGGGAGUUAAAAGUAAUGAAAGUAGUAGAGGCGAUUGCUCAACUCGAAGACCCGCAAUUUGGAUUGAAAAUGCUGAAAAAGAUGAUGAAGGAGAGUAUCAACCAAAAUACGAAAGUAAAAGAGGCAUUCCGAUUGAUCGAAUCGGUAUUGAACCAGUCAGAAAUUUUAGUUCCAAACCAAGACUAUACAGAUGAGAUUAAUGGCUUAGAUCAAACAGCAUACAUGUCAAAGGAGGAGAUACAAUCCCUUCAAGAGGAUCUUGCGCAGGCAAAUGCCAUUUCUGACCAAAAGGCGCAAUCAAUGACGGAGGCAAAGGCUUUUGGCAAGGUCUCGGGUCUGCUAAGUAAAGUGUCCGAGUCUUGUUGUGCAAAGAUGCAUGACAUUCUGGACCCUAUAAAUUCUAUUCAAGGACAUUUCGUGCAAGUAGAAGAUGAACAAUGUACACUCCACUUUCAUGGCUCAAAGAUGAUUGAUGAAGAGACACUAGCUGAGGAAGUGAAUUUUACCCUAACAUAUGUGGGAGGAAGACUAGAGACAUUAACAUUGAAAAUGCAAAGCGACCAAAAGAUGAUUCCUCCAGCUCAUUUGAAUCCUGAAUCUUCUAACCCUAUGGGUGCUUUGGGAGACUCAUUAGACAUUGAAGAGUUUCUGACUGAUUCGCCCUUGGAAAGUUGGCUCGAUAAUUUGAUUUCAACUGCCGUCAUCAAAGGAUACGAGGUUUAUCAACGCAAUGCUGAUGCGCUCAAUAAAAUAUUUCAAAACCAUGCUCACUUUGCUGACCAGUUUCAAUUGAAAGAUCGAGUGUUUCAAAGCAACAUUAUGAAUGCUCUCGCUGAAAUUUACUUGAAAUUAGAAAGCAAUCUUGGUAAGCUUGAGCUAACUGAGAUUGAUGAUAUUUUGGUAAAGGUGAAAGACAUGGAGGUCACUGGUUUGGAACUUUCAUGGCUACUUGAAACAUUGGAGAAUCAAGCAAAGAUAAAGAGAUUGGAAGAAGCUAUCCAAGAAUCCAUUCUAGAGUUGGCCAAAUUAAAGAAGAAACAACGGCUAGAGUAAUUGCUGCUUCAAGUAAUAGCGGUCAAUAAAUUUUUAUUGGUUAAUUAGGAUGUUGAUGAACUGCUAGUAGUGUAUGCUUUUGUGUGAGCGCUUGUGUUAGAAUCAGGAGAGUAAUAAGAGCUCAUGUGGUUUUGAUACUUUGGGUAUAUUUUACAGUUGAUAUUUGUGGUUAAAAUUUCAGUACUUUAUUGAUAGGUAAUAUGGUUCAAAUUUUUGAUAA